AUGGACGACUACGACGAUGCCCGCAGUCCUGACCUGAUGACAGGCUCAAGGCCUGUGCGCGAGCGGGACGACUAUCGAUCUGCCGAGGCAUACCGUGAUAGACGUCGCUCACCAGAUCGUCGACGCGGAACCGAUCGUGACCGAAGGCGUUCCCGCUCGCCCGCCCAGAUCGACCGAUACCAGCCCGACCGAGUUCGAGAUGACUACGCGUAUUCUCGUGGGCGCGAUGAACCCCAUCAACGGCGACGGUCGUCACCUCAGGCCAUCGAUCGCUAUGUGCCGGGUCAGGAUCAGCCUCCAAUCACUGUCAACCCCCUUCCUGAUCCGAUGAAACUCGACUUCCAGGUUGGGUUUACGUGGUUUGCAGAAUGGUGGCGUGUAGAGCAGCGUGUGAAAGAGGAAAAGGAGCGCUUGAAGACCGGACGUCCGCCACCACGGAUGAGAGGUGAGCGCGAGUCGCGAGAGGAUCGUGAGGCUGAGAGACCCAAGAUACAAGCUGCAUACGACCAGUACAAGGAGAAUCUGCAGAAGUCUCAGGCGCAGACGUUCGUCCGUUUGCACAAGAACGAAGACUGGUUCCGGGAACGCUAUGUCCCUGAAGUCCGGGAACCGUUCAGGCGCAAGCUGAUGGAGUAUCGCAAGGGCUUGUUCGCGCAGUGGGAAUCUGAUCUGACGACUGGUGUCUUCGACGAGUUCACUCUCGAGGGCAUUUACAAGUCCGAGUCCAACGGCCUGGGUGGCAUUCUUGAACGCGAGGAGGGAGAAACUUCGGCUGCGGCGGAGGUGCUAGGUGUUGGAGAUUUACUCCCAUCCAAAGGAGGCGAUUUGCGUGACCCUGCCGCUACGCAGCCUACCCUGUUGAUUAAGACGAUUGCACCUACCGUGACACGCGACAAGUUUGAGUCUUUCGCAAAGGAGCAUCUGGGCGAUGAGGAGGGAGGUUUCAAGCAUCUCUCUCUAUCCGACCCCAAUCCACUGAAGAAGUGUCAUCGCAUGGGCUGGAUUAUCCUCAGCUCAGAGCCAGAGCAAAACGACCAGGAAAUGACUAUUUCUCGAGGUGAAGACGGCGAAGAAGGAGAAGAAGGCGAGGCUCUGAAAUCCGAUUUGCCAAGUGGACUGUUGAGUACGAGCGAGAAAGCGCUCGAAAAGAUAAAUGGCAAGACGAUAGAGGAUCCCGAGCGUGGAAACUUUACAGUGCACUGCGGUGUGCAUCGCCCACCAGAUGCGCCCAGGAAGAAGGCUUUGUGGGAUCUGUUUUCUGCCCCUGAGCGCGUGGCUCGCGACCUCGAACUCGCCACGAGACUCGUCCGCAAGCUUGACAACGAACUUGGCGACGAGUUCUUUGGUGUUGCCAAGAUCGAAGAGCGAGUUCACGACCUGUCUGAACGUGGCUUGUUGAAAGCAGUGGAGCCUUCGCAUCCCGCAAAGGACCCAGAUGCGAUGGAUGCUGAGGCUGAAGAAGGCGAGGAGGAGGAAGGCGUGGUCGAUGAAGACGAGACCGACGACGAAGAGCUCUUGAUCAAGAAAAAGAAACUCGACUUGCUUGUCGAGUAUCUGCGCAGAGUCUACAACUUCUGCUUCUUCUGCGUCUUCGAGUCCGACUCGGUGCAUGAGCUGCAGCGCAAGUGUCCAGGUGGGCAUUUGCGUCGUCCUCGUGCCAGUCUUACCUCGGCUGCAAAGGAGACUGCUCGGGCAAGUGCUUCAGGUGAGGCAUUCCCACUGAGGAAGAAGGGGACAGAUAUCAAGACUGAGGACACGGAGGAAGCCAUGGAACCAGAAAGCCCGGUCGAGGAGAAGAAGUCGUUGAUGAAGCCGAACACCAAAACCACACAGCAACUUCAGCGGGCUUACAACUGGGUCAAGACCUUCGAAGAGAAGGUGCUCCAGAUUCUGGAACCUGACAACGUUAAUCUGCGCAAGUUGGGUGGCACACCAUUGGAAGAGGGCGUCGAGAAAGAGCUGAGCAAGUUUGUGUCGCAAGAAGACGUGAAUAAGUUUCGCUGCAAGGUCCCCGAAUGCACAAAGCUCUUCAAGGGAGUUGACUUCUGGCGCAAGCACGUCGAGAAGCGCCAUGCUGACUGGUACGAGCGUGUGCGUUCGGAAGUGGAGCUGGUCAACACGUAUGUGCUUGAUCCAGCUCACAUUGCUCCUAGCAGGAGCGAUGCCAACUCGAACGGACAUUUCCCACUGAACAACCACGUCCCCACCGGCACUCCGCGCGGCUUCCAGCUUAACCAGCAAUUCCCAAUAGGCUUCUCGAUGCCACCUGGCAUGACAGGCGGCCAACCCCCGGGCAUGACACCGAUAUUCCCGCAAGGCCAGCCCGUUGCAAUUCCAGGCAUGUGGGGUGGUCAACCACCAAUGGUCGGAGUUGGACCCAUGCGCAACAACGGCCGAAGCUACGGCAUGAACGGUGGAUAUCGAAUGCCCGGGCCUUAUCAACGAAAUGGCAGAGGCCGAAUGCCCUCGAUGAGCGGCGGACGACCUGGCAUGAUGGGAAUGAUGGAAGGCGGUACUGCUACCAUGGGUCCCAACGAGGCGGUGGUUGGGCGUAGUCUACGCAGUUACGAAGACCUGGACGCCGAUAAGGGAGAAGGAACAGGCGAGCUGAACUAUUAA